CCUUAUACUUUUUCCUCUCUCCGUCUUUAUUCCCUCACACUACUCACUACUGCUAUAACAUUAUUUUCUUUUUCGCCACUUUGCCGGAGCUUUUCUUUGUUUUUGUCGCCACUUCGCCGGAGCCUGGAGGCCAAACGGCAGAACGCCUUACGCGGGUCGCCACUUUGCCGGAGUCCGGAGACCAGAACGGCAGUCGCGGGUCGCCAGAAGAAGGCAGAAGCCCGGAACUGAGAACCCUUCUGGUUGAGGUGUUUUGUUUCUGCUAAUUUAUAAAUUAUACUCAUCUUGAUGUGGAUUGAUGUUUUGAAUUGAAAUAAGAAAAUAUGAAAUUUAAAUGUUGUGCAAUUGUGAAAUUUGGAAUUGAGAUUACUUGAAUGGAAAUUAAAGAUUACUUGAAUUGAAAUUGAGAUUAGAAAUUGUGGAAUUGAAAUAGAGGUUGUGAAGCAAAAUUAGUUGAAUUUGGAAUGAGAUGUUAUGAAAUGUAAUUUGAAACAAGGAACUUUUUACUUAUACUAGAUUUGGAAGAUGAAAAAUAAAAGUUUAGAAUCUUUUUGGGAGAGAAGUGAUGAUGAUUGUUUAGUCACUUAUAUAGAGAGAUAUCUUUAUGUGAAUCUUAGAAAAAAAACAGCCUCGCAACUUCUGGUCUGCCGUGCCGAGUGCUACAAUUCCUCGUCCAGUCGAUCUUGUGAAGUAUGUUGUCUGUCUGCCACAAGGGUCGCCUGCCGGAUCCCACGAACGCCUCACACCUCACACCUCACGCCAAGGCACUUUAUUAUCUUAUACACAAAUUUGUUCAUACCAUCUGCAAUACAUCAUCUUAACUAAAUUUGGGAUAAAUAGAUAUGAUCAUUAACUUUCAGAAGUAUCGUGUCAUCACUGUACAUGUUGCCCAAAGAGCAACCUUUUGGCAGAGUUUACAUAAUGGUCCAAACAGUGUAGAGGAACUUCUUGAUCGGCAUCUGGUAAAAGAAAAACCGUCGUAUGACAAUGAUGAAAGUGAGCUCUUAACUCGGCAACGAUUAAACAGCACACGACGUGAGGUUUUGUGUCUCUACAGGGAUAUACUCCGCGCCACACGGUUCUACAUGUGGCCUGACUCUAGAGGGAUGCUGUGGCGAGAUAUACUAAGAGAAAAUGCUCGUAAAGAAUUUGAAGAGGCUCGGUUUGAGAAGGAUCCCGAAGUAAUAACUCGGUUGUUAAUUGGUGGAAGAGAUGCUGUUCAAGCUGCACUUGACAAGCUGGCUGAGAAACAGAGAGAAGAGAUAGAGAAGGAACGAAGUGGCAGAAGUUAAAGUAAUGGUGUUAAGAAAUUGUUUAGCUAACAAUGUAUGGAAAGUGAAAUGUGUACUACUCCAUGUUAUAUCCUUGUAUUAACUUGUUUUAGCUGCCAAUAAUUAAUCCAGAGUUGAUGUUUUUCUUA